AUGCAAGACUUCAGCAUCAGACUCUCUCCGCAAGACAAUAAAGACGUAGCCUUUCUCCUAGAGAAUGCUGUUCGCCCAUUCCAACCUAUAGAGACACAUCGCAGGCUAGUUACCGGUCAUGACCAGGCUGGCGAUGAAUCUGUCAAUGGCUCAAUGCCAAUCGUUAUUCACGGCAAUAUCACUUCAGCGUCCGAACCAUACACAUUGGUAAUCUUCGACUGGCACAUGAAAGCUGGCCGCUCCGGCAAGCGCUUUCGCGAGGUACACAUCGAAGUGGUUUUCAAAGCAGCGGGAAGACGCGGUGACGCCGAGCCGAUUGCUGCGCAAUGCCGCUCUAAAGGCUGGGAUGACUCUAUUUGGGACCCCGAGGUGGUUGACAUUGCGCCC